UGAAUCCGAUAAUGCUUCUGAACUCAACGCCUCCGUCAGAAAGCAGACCAUCGGGCUCUACACGCAGAUUCUAGAAUGCCAGAUCCGGCUUUGCAAACAGAUUUCCGUUCGGGAUUUCUGCAGUACAUGAGAGAUGCCGUGACUGCUGAUUAUUGGAAGGCAAUCCUCACUGGUAUUCAGGGCGCUGAUGAUUCUAUUCGCAAUUUACUUCAGACCUUGUCGGAAAAGGCUGUAGGGGAAAUUGACUGCAAGGUUGAUUCAAUAUCAAAAAAGGUAGACGACUCACUGGCGCUGGCUUUGGAUAUAAAAUAUGGCAUUAUUUUUAAGUCCCAGAGUCCCUGGUAGAUUACCGAACAAGCUAACUCUGUAUAAGGCUCAAAGCAACAGACAACUAUUGGGCUAACUCCCCGCUGUUACGCGGGCUGUAUAUGGUUCUUAUGAGCAAGAUCGAGGAAC